AUGAGGGCUAGCGACAUUCCAAGAGCUUUGCUACUAGGUGUCAUCUUGCUGUUUUCGAAUGCUUCUUCUCUUGCAGAAGCAGUUGACAUUGAUGCGAGUGGAGGCCUUCGAACUCCCAAGGCUCGAGAUCUGUUAGAUUUGGGCUCUGGGAGUUGCAGCAAUGACGUCCAAGAAGACAUGUGCACAGCUUCCACUGACUGUACAGCUUCGACCGCCUCGCCACUCAUCCAAGUUUGGCAAGGCAACCCCAACUGUGUGACAAUGGGUUAUGAUUACGGCUGGAAGUCAGCAGAAGGUGGCAAUGCAGCUUGCGAAGAUGUCACUGACCAGGCGUAUGACUUCGUCUCUUCAACAGGCGGUUUUGACUUGGAAGCAACUAGCCUCAACGAGGACUGCACCUCUUGCACCGCCGCCAGUGUUACAGGCACCUACACUUUGACAUGUACAGACGCAGAUGGUUCGCAGUUUAAGAGUGCUUCAGUUACAUCUACAGUUAAUGUAGGAAUCUUCAUCAAGGGUGGGCCUGCGGGCAAUCUCUAUUCUGCAACCGCAAACACCGCAGUCACGGGCAUGGUAUCACCUUCCGGGGCCGCCAUUAGUCACAUAGAGUUUUGCUUCCUUUGUUCUGGCGCUCCGGCUCCAACGCCUGGGCCAUCUCCUCCCCCCACCCCAGCACCAAGUCCGGCACCAAGCCCAGCACCCACACCAGCACCUACACCUGCACCUGCAUCAGCACCAACACCAGCUCCCACGCCUGCACCAUCGCCGGCUCCAACACCUGCACCAAGUCCUGCACCCACUCCAGCACCAACUCCAGCACCUGCCCCAGAACCAACCCCAGCACCAACCCCUGCUCCGGUGGAAGGCUGCGUAACCACUGUAAGCGAAGAAACUUUGUUCGGGCAACCACAGAGUGCUACCGAGAUUCGGAUUCCUACACGCUGGGGUUGGUACCAAUUCAUUUCGAACUUCACAGGCACCACAACUUACAGUUUCACUAUGUGGGCUGGUGCCGGUCAGUACAAUGACAACAAUGAAGGCACAUAUGUUGGAGAUGUGACUGUUACAGCUAAGGAGUGUGGUGUAGGCCGUGGUGGUGGCGGUGGAGGUGGUUGCCAUCGCAGACUUGGCGGAGGUGGUGGAGGCUACUGCAAUUGUGGUGGGUACGACUCUUCUCAUGAUCGUCGGCGUCUUCUUCUUGAACCUGACGAAAUGGGCGGGGGCGGCCAUUGGGACGAUGACGAUUGGUAUAGUGACGAUGAUACUGACCACAGUUCAACGUAUUGCAGUACUGCUGAUUGGUCAGGACUCCCAGCAAGUGGUGUGUGCUUCGAUCCGGGCCUCAAGAACGGGCAUCUGCAUGUUGGAAGCACUCUACCUCGGGACCGGCACGGUGGGGAAACGUUUGCUCCUGGCAAGUAUCAGCCUGGAUGCUGCAAUAUUGGCGAGCCGUGCUUCAUCAUUGUCCAUGGCUCUGUGGGCCACGGCCACGAUUGUCAUGGUUUGGAGCGGGUGCAGCAAGCGGUUACUGGAUUUGUGUCACGCUUCUUCCCUGGUGCUUUUGGUGAAGGCUUGCCUUAG